AUGUAUCCGCGGCUUAGUGCCUUGCGCAAUCACACCAUUGCACUUUUGGCAGGGUUAGGUGAUCAACUGCACUUUCCAUGUAGGUGUUGCUCCUUGUCCUUACAUCCUAAAGCUGUUUGCCAACAAAAUAACUCACAGAUUCAGCUGGCUGGCUAUUCUGGGUGGAGCGCGGGAGGUAGCGCGUUUGUACUCUUCAAUUUUCGAACGCUAAAAGUUCAUGUGCUUCACCAGAUCCAGCGCUUUAAUACACUCUGGAAAAUGGUAAGCAAAAGCGAACAAGUACAUAUCAAUGGAGCUACAGGACGGCGCAUCCGUUUCUAA